UCGUGCCCCAUUUUGGUCCAUCCCACAACGUUGUCAAGUCCAAGUGCAAUACUAGGCUAACUGUUUAUGAUCUCAAUACGUACAUUCAAAUGGAUCUAUGCGGGUCUAUGGACGUCACGGGUAUGCUUUGCACUUCUUGGAACUGGGUACAUUCACCCAGAUGAACACAUGCAAAAUGGAGAAGUGACCUCAGGUGAUCUCAUGCCAUACCAUACCAUCCGUACUUGGGAAUGGUCCGCUGCAGUUCCCGUCCGCUCCAUAGUACCAGCAUUUGCAACAACUGGAAUCCCUGUCUGGUUUGCUAAGUUCUUCAGCAACACACAGGGAAUGCAUCCAAUGUUGAUCUUUCGACUAGAACGGUCCGCCUUUUUGGUUGUAUCUGGGCUGAUCGAUUACAGUUUUAUGAGUUUGGUGCCCAUGCCGGGUGCCCGACGCCUUGGUCUUCUGCUUCUGGCGUCGUCUCAUGUUAUGAACACGUUCCAGGUCCGGCCCUUCUCGAAUUCUAUUGAGGCAGUCCUUGUUGCUUUGAGUCUUUUGUUCUUGCGUAAGAUAAGCUCAGUUAAGACGCUGGAUAAGAGUUAUCUUCUCCACUUACUAGCCGCAACCUUCGUAACUGGUAUAUUCACUCGCCCAACCUUCUUGAUAUUCGGGGCGCCCAUCGCAUAUCAGGUCGCACUUGAAACGUUUACAUAUGCCAGAACUGCAACCAGGUGGCUGCGGCUUGUUGUCCCGCCGUUAUUCACUGCAGUAGGGGCAUGUACCGCAUUUUUGGUAGCGGACACCCUAUAUUUUCGAGGCGCCCUUAAUGACAUCGUGGUGACACCUUUUAAUUUUCUCAUGUAUAAUUUUGCACCCCAAAAUCUGGCGGAACAUGGUCUCCAUCCGCGUUGGCUCCACCUUUUCGUGAACCUUCCGAUGUUGUUCGGCCCCUGGGUAACUUGGCUAGCGGUGCGCGCCAUCGUGGACAGUGCCACAUUAUUUGACGAGACAAAUGACAAGUCAUUCGAAGUCUAUGUUCUUCGUCCGACAAUCAUACAAAUGAUCAUUUUGUCAUUGACUGUCCUUUCUGUGCAACCUCACCAAGAACCUCGUUUCUUGGUGCCUCUUUUGCUGCCUGUUAUUGUCUUGAUAGCAAACACCGGACGAUUGGCCCAUGUCGGUAAGGCAUUCUGGGUAUCUUGCUCCCUCUUCAACUUCGUGCUCGCAGUUCUAUUUGGAAUUCUGCAUCAAGGAGGCGUAGUGCCUUCCCUAUUCCACCUCCAUUCCGUAGUUACUGAUACUUCCCUCGGUAUGCGGACAAACAUAAUCUACUGGAAGACGUACGUACCACCGCUCCACUUCCUUGGCGUUAGCGAACAAGAUGUCUCAACUGGCUUAAUUUCUUUCGUCGAUCUUGCUGGGGCGUCCCAACAUGACUUCGCUGCGUCCCUCAGUGCUGGUGAUUAUGACAGAACAUUCGUCGUGACCCCCGUGGCCAUGCGAUACACGCUACCUCCUGCAAUUGCGGACUGUAUGGAACUGAACCAGUCCAUUUUUCCGCAUCUCGAUCUCGACCACAUUUCGGAGAGCAUGGAUACAGGCGUACUUGACGGCCUUCGUUUAGGGGUGUAUACCUUGUCACCUAACUGUGUCUUUGUUUGAACCUCUUAUAACCACUCAGCACGACGAUCUGAAC